ACCACGCCUUUUUAUAUUAUGAAAACUAUAUAAUCAAUUUUUUUAUUUAACCCUAAAAGCCUAUAAUAAUUCUCUUCAUCAUCAUUUCAUCUUCAUUACACAAUUUUCCUCUCCAUUAAAAUAACAACAUGGGAGAUAAUUCCAAUCCUUUCUUACUAUCAUCACCACCACCACCACCACCAUCUUCUUCCACAAAGUCCAACCUCCCCAUGUUAUACUACGGCCUGGUCAUUGUUGGAACCGCUGCUAUUGUUCUCGCAAUCUACAAUCUCAUCAUCAUCAAGUGGUGCGCUCACCGGCGUGGCUCACCAUCGAAUCGGGACACGAGGUUUGUGGAGAUCAUGAGGGCAAGUAAUCAGCCAAGUUUUGAGAGUUCCAACAGGAGUUUAUUGUCAAGCUUUACGUACAAAAAGGAUGUGAAGAAGAAGAGUAAUAAGCAGGAAGAGGAAGGUGGUGAAUAUGAAUGUGCGGUUUGCUUGUCGGCUUUUGAAGAAGGUGAUGAAGUGAGGGAGCUGCCGAGAUGUAGCCACUCAUUUCACGCUCCAUGUAUUGAUAUGUGGCUUUAUUCUCAUUAUGAUUGCCCGCUAUGCCGUGCGCUUGUGAAUCCUCCUCCGGUGAGACAUAGUCAUCGCCAUAUGCUGCCGGCUACGCCGGAAAAUUCACAGGAGGGAUUGCUGCUUUCAGGGAAUAUCUCCGUUUAAGGUUCUUCUUCUUUCUUCUUCUUCUUCUUGCUCGAUCGUUUCAUUUCUUUAUUGAAUUUUGUUGAUAAGGAAAAAGAGAUUUGGUUUGUUGUUCUUGUUGUUGGUGAUAGACAGAAUGUACGAUUUUAGCAAUGGUCUACAGUAAUUUGGUUGUAUAGAAAGAAAAAGAAAAUUAUAGAGUGGUGUAAUUGGACAAGGAGCUUGGGAUUGAGCUGGCCGGGCCACUAAUCUUUUGUCAUUAUGUACAUAAAACCAAGAAAGAACAACCAAAGUUUUUUAA